GACAUCAGACCUUGGCAAAGGAGCAUCCUGAACAUCUCUACACACUGAGGCAACAUGGACAUAAGAGCUUCCCUCUCCAUUCUGCUUCUGCUCUUUGGCCUCUCCCAGGCAUCUCCUCUCAGGGAGUUUGAAGCCGUUUUUGUAUCAGAGCCUGAAACUGUGGACAUCACUGCACAGAUUUUGGAGACCAAUAAGGGUUCUUCUGAAGUCUUGUUUGAAGGAGAUGUGGUGCUUCCCAAAAACCGAAAUGCUUUCAUCUGCGAGGACAAAAGCUGUUUCUGGAAGAAAAAUGCUAACAACAUAGUGGAGGUCCCUUAUGUAGUGAGCGGUGAAUUCUCCAUUAAUGACAAAUCAGUAAUUGCGAAUGCCAUCUCCAUCUUUCACGCCCAAACCUGCAUUCGCUUUGUGCCCAGAUCAAUUCAGGCCGACUACCUCAGUAUUGAGAACAAAGAUGGGUGUUACUCCGCUAUUGGUAGAACUGGUGGCAAACAGGUGGUCUCCCUCAACAGGAAAGGCUGUGUGUACAGUGGCAUUGCUCAGCAUGAGCUUAAUCAUGCUCUGGGCUUCUACCAUGAGCAAUCCAGGAGCGAUCGUGACCAGUACGUCAGGAUCAACUGGAAUAACAUCUCUCCUGGAAUGGCCUACAACUUCCUGAAACAAAAAACCAAUAACCAAAACACUCCAUACGACUAUGGCUCGCUCAUGCACUAUGGAAAAACGGCCUUUGCCAUCCAGCCCGGUCUGGAAACCAUCACUCCCAUUCCCGAUGAAAACGUGCAAAUUGGACAGAGGCAGGGGCUGUCCAAAAUUGACAUCCUCAGGAUCAAUAAGCUGUAUGGAUGCUAAAAAAUGAUAUGUGUUUGUGAUGAUAAUUCAAUAUAUGAAUAAUGAAGUGAGGUUUCUAUCUGUGAUUGUGUGGAAUUUCUGUAAUCCCUCUGUUAAACACUGUUUGGAAAAUCAAGUGAAUAAUGUAAUCUGACUCCAAAUUUAAGAGACUUUACGUAUAUACCACAAUUAUGUUUUAGGAGCUGAAAAUAAAAUUUGUUUUGAUUUGCUUCAA